UUGAUCAGGCUUCGUACAGUGACCAGAACGAUCUAUCAAAUGAUCGCGUCGUCGUCUAGGCCGCGAUAGGAUUCUUUCGCGUCCAGCAAUGGCACCAAGAUUCGUCGGCCUCCUCGGACUCCUCGUCGUGGUUCAAUGGACUUGCAGUGGUGUGUCUUCAGCGCAGGAAGCAGGGGACGUCGACGUGCACGAAACGGGUACCGCACCUCCGCCUCCGAAUGUGAAAGAAUUUAUUCAGGGAUUAUUGGAGAAGAUCUUGGACAGCAAUUCCGAAGGUACUUCCGAAAAGAUACUCGGCAGCGGGAUCUCGGCGCAUUGUGGAUUACGACUCUUGAAAGUCGUCAACGCUCUGCGGAGCCUCGAACCCUGGGUGGUCAGAAUGAUCGACGCAACGGGCAAGUAUCCGACCGGUCUCUUCCAGGGAGCAGCCGCCGAUCUGGGUGCAUUCGACGAGUGCAUCGCGACUGUGGUGGUGGACCCGCAGGGCCGCGAGAGAGUGCGCGCUCACUACUGCAACCUCUUCUUAAGGAUGGGCAAUGCCACGUCAGACAUCCCAGACUUUGUCCAGGAUGCCCUUCUCAUGACGCACCGAAGGGCCGUGUCCGCCGCUCUGAGCCAGGCUGACGAACGAGCUUCCGGAAUAGUGCUUGGACUUUGCGUGCCGACAGAAUGUAAAGAAGACGACAUUGAAAAGCUCAUCGUAACUCUUUCCAAUGGAGGAAUCAGACCGAGCGUGAAAAACUGCGUGACAGAUCAGUACCCGCCUCCAAAUGGCAGACAGAUCGGGAUAAUAACUGCUCUCGCGGUCUUGGGAUUGGUGAUGCUUACAAGCACUGCUAUCGACUUGGUGCUGACUCGAAGGGGCAGACAAGAACGUAAAGGUACCCUCACUAAGUACAUUACAGCAUUUUCGGUGACAGCAAACACCAAGAUGCUGCUGGCCGUCGCCGACAAAGGCUCGGGCAUCUAUUCCCUCCGUUUUCUGCACGGAAUACGGUUCAUGAGCAUGCUGUGGAUCUUAUUUGGUCACGCAUAUUCUUCGGGCACUACUAUAGCAGGUGGAAUGAUCAAUCUGUUGGUGCUCAUGGAUCGGGUCUCCGGAAACAUAAUUGCAGGCGGAUAUCUCAGCGUCGACACCUUCCUUUUCCUUGGGGGGUUCCUGCUUAGUUACAACAUGUCAAAACACGGAAAACGGACAAACAAGAUAAUCCUCUGGAUGACGUGCGUUUUAAGAUUUUACAUCAGAAUAAUAGCGCCCGCAUUUUUCAUGAUAAUGUGCGUGUAUCUUCUGCCACUCAUCAUCACGGGACCAAGAGCUCAGGAACUUUACGAACGAAUGUUUGCAGACUUUGGAGGCAACUGGUGGUCUCUUUUGCUGAACAUCCGCAAUAUCAUGGGCGACGUGAAUGUUGAAGCCCUGGGUCACCUGUGGUAUCUCUCCGUGGUUUUUCAACUCUUUCUGGUCUCCGUCACCGUGCUUGUUGUGUUUCAAAGGAAGCCUAGGCUUGCCGUAGGAUCGUUCUGCAUCCUCUCCAUUGCUUCCUGCGCAAUUGCGACGUGGAAAGUCUACGGAACUGGACUGCUUCCUUUCCCACUUCCAGUGACUCUGACAUACCCUGACCUGCUGGGCAGUAUAAACAGGCUGUACUCUCAGAGUCCACUUCAUGGCGCACCCUUCUUCAUUGGCUGCAUCACCAGCCUUGUUCUGCUAAAAUACAAGGACGAAAAGAUGUCUACUGUAUCGCAGCUCCUCUUCUGGGCCUCAGGAAUUACCUGCGCCAACAUUGCAGUCUUCGUAACGUACGACUUCAAUCGAGGAGUUGAGCCGGCCCAUUGGGCAACCUUGUGCGCCACGUUCUUCCAGAGGGCGCUGUGGUCCAUGUGGCUAGCAUGGUUGACGUUCGCGUGCGCCACUGCAAGAGGAGGCAUGAUAUGUAGUUUCCUAUCUUGGGGAGCAUUUGCACCUCUGAGCAGGCUUAGCUACGGUGUCUACCUGAUCCAAGUGCCGUACUAUUUUGUCAGAGAUUACACGGCAAGGGAAAGGAUUUUCUACUCGGACUUUACUGUUAUAACUCAGUUUUUCGGCGCCACGGUGUGGUGUUACCUUCUCAGUUACUUCCUGUUCAUCGCUUGCGAAGCACCAGUUGGACGUUUGGAGAAACUCGUCUUUCAGCGGGAAAGAAGGAUGGAAAAGGUGGAGCCACCCGUGAAUGGGAAAACUGCGAGCUUCGAAAAAGAACCCGGGAAGCUGCCAUUGGGUUACAGCAAUAACGGCUUUGUCGAACAGAGCAACCUGUAGACUCGCACCUGUCUUUGAACAGAUUUCCUGUGCCGAGGUCGUUUCCUCGCUGACUAUUACUACGGUGAAUGUAGUACAUGUACGCAUCGUCUGUUAACGAUCACCUAGCCAGACUGUUACAUUGUGGUGGAACUUCAACGGUCUUUCUGUGACCAAUUACACCACUACGACUGAGGUUUUCGGAAAGCUGGGUUUCUAUGCCACCGCAUGUCAAACAUUUUAGCCCUGCGCGACAACAACAAUUAUAUUCUGACAAUGAAGUGAGGAGGUUUUCGUUUCCACUCUUGGAGUAGAACGCGACUCCAUACCUAUAGGGGGUCUAAUAUGAGUGAUGACGAUGAUGAGAGAUGACGGUGGUGAUCAGAGUGGCGAUGGCGAGAUGGUGGGACGCAAUGACGCCCUGCGCGAGCCGCUCGUUUAGCCAAUCAAUUUCAGCGCGAAGCCGAAAACCGUAACCUAGGUACUAUUUGUGAAUAUGGGAAUUUGCGACACUAAGCACGAUGUCAAAGGUAGACUGUAUCAGCAACCUCGCUGUUAGUAUAGGCACGCUAGGAAAAUAAGAGCUCGAAUGCAUGAACGGACGAAGGACAAGGUUCGGAAUCGCUAUACCGAUUUUCACGUCGCGAGACAACGCUGAUCAACAUGAAGUUCAUUAGGCCAUAGGGUCCAGUAUGACAGCAGUUGCUAACAGCAUUGCUCUACGCAGCUGACGAUAUAGAUGACCGAUGCCGGCAUUCGUACCACUUCCGGCAUCUUUCAUUUCCUUCAAACCCACGCACUAAACCCUAGUCAUGUUCAUAUAUUGUCAUACAAUACUUCAUUAUACUCACACCAUUACACCUCAUUACUAUAGGACCGUAAUGGUUAACGUAAACUCUAAUUUGCUUCAUCACCAUAACGUUCGUACUACGCCCAAAUGAAACAGCAUUGUACAGCUUGAAGCAGAGUUAACUUGAACACGCCUCAGACCUGCGGAGCGGUGAGACUGACUCAGAAUGACACUGAGUGGGCAUUUUCGGCAUUGUGCUAAAAAAAUGAGGGUGCACUCUGAAAACGCGACCACCUUCGCGUGUAUCAUUUACAUUAGAGGGUCCAUCGUGUGCUAUCGGUUUUCCGUACGUAAGGGAUAACGUUAGAGGUUCUGCGCAUGCGCAAAACAUAAAGAGAGCUUUACGCAGUGCGCAGAACCACCGCACUAUCUCUUGCGAGCACACAGGCGAUACCGUACGAUGCAAACAUCUACUGAGAUAAGGGCAUCGCAUCCGUGCAAUAUCGGCCAGCAUACGCCUUUACAUAACCGCCGCAAACCCAAACAAACGUCGCGACAAUAACCACACCUGAGGGUAAUGCCGAGUCAACAGCUCAUGGCAAGUCGGACACAUACUCAGGCAGCACAAUGUACUGAAAGUCGAGUGCAAUAGGGGUGGGCGGUAUGUGUCUUAUCAGUGUUCUUUAGUUUCACGAGCCUGUUCAAGGCCUUCCACCUACCCGCCCACCCCUAUUGCACCCGACUUUCAGUACAUUGUGCUGCUUGGGUAGCAGCACUCGCAGCAGUGGGACACUCGAAACACUCUUUCCCUUUAUUUCACCUAAGCGCCGCUAGGGUGGCUCCCUUCCAGCUGCUCAGGUCGGAGGCGCAUUCAAGUUAAUUCUGCUUCGGACUGUACAAGGGGGCAACGCUCCAGGUAAAACCACUGCUCUGUCCUUCACGAUGUCAUUCGCCCCGUCAGGCCCUUUCAGAUUUCCGCAGGUUGCUCACAAUUCGUACGUCGCUGCACGGGGCCAUGCAUACCUAGCGGCUAACACUAUGAGAUAUCACGCACUGCGUCAUAAUCAGGACGAAGAGUGACAAGAGCAACAGUGCGGCGGAAAGAUAUCAUAAUUUCGUAUAUGUACGUGGUCAAAGCGAUAGUGCCUGAUCGAAAUGGUGUUGGAAUGUGUGGUUUUGUGUGUGCAUGUAUCUACAGAUCAGAUUGAUGUGAUCUGAUUGCCAGGUAUACAUCUUGUCAUGAAAGUGGACGGAGUUUAUUGAAGCUUCUAAGGCAUCAUUCACACUCAAUGGGGGAAACUCAAACAUUUAUUCAAAUACGAAAAGAAACGCAUCUGAACAAUAAAAUUCCAUAAAU